AUAUCAAGGCUCUGACUGCUAUUAAAACAGACAGAAUUAGUUUUUUCCCCCCUCAUACUGCGCUCAAACGCGGGACCAUGCUUUCUGCAGGCCUCCUCCUUGCCGUCGGUGUAAGCCUACUAAGAGUCCAAGCAAUCCAGGCGUCUCUGGACUUCACGGAUUCUGAUAAUGGACAAAAUCUCACAAGUCUCCUGGAACUUUUUUCUGAAGUGACCAGAUCGCUGCUUUCUCAUCUAACGUCAUGCGCCAAACGGGAUCCUUGUCAUCCAAAUCCGUGUUUUAACGGGGGCCGCUGCAACGUCCAAUCUGACACCUUUAUGUGUUCAUGUCGUGAGCCUUACAUGGGCAGGAGGUGUAAAGAAGUAAAAGAUAUUUGCCAGGGUGUGAAUUGUUAUAACGGUGACUGCGUAUUCGGCUUGAAGCGACCUCCAUUUUACGAGUGCGAGUGCACAUUCCCCUUCCGAGGACCCACCUGCCUCUUACGGCCAGUUUCUCUCUGUCGUCCAAAUCCUUGUCAGCACGGAGGUGACUGUACAGCGAGCAAUGACCGAGUUCAGUGCGACUGUCUCGCCGGGUACACGGGAAAAUACUGCCAAAUAGCCCCCACUGACUGCUAUGUGGGCAAUGGCAAGUUGUACAGCGGUGUGGUCAGUACAACAGAAAGAGGUGAGGAAUGUCUCAACUGGCAUUCCUUCUCCGUUCUGGAUCAUAACAGACAGAGCCCUUUCGACACGUACCACCACUUCCGCGACUUGGGAUACGACAACUACUGCAGGAAUCCAGAUGAGGAGAGAAAGCCGUGGUGUUUUGUUAAAAGGGGGAAAAAGGUGGAGUGGGACUACUGCAACGUCAAGCCAUGCCACGCAGGAGUCCUACACCUUGCUCCACGGUCCGGAAGCAUGUUCUCCGAGUGCGGUAUUGCCCACCCGCUUCCCGUUUCGAGGAUUUACGGGGGCGGCAAGGCGUACCCGGCCUCCCACCCGUGGCAGGCGUCCGUGCAGGUACGAGACAAAGGUUCGCAAGAGGAAUUCCACCACCAUUGCGGCGGUAGCCUGGUCAGCUCCUGCUGGGUCGUCACGGCUGCCCACUGCAUUAACCCCAAAUAUGAAUACCAGGUGAUGCUGGGUGGUGUUAAAAUAGACCGUGUGGAGGCCUCGGACCAGAUCAUCCCAGUGGUCGACAUCAUUCGCUAUACCAACCUCUUGGAUGUCCGUUUUUCUUCUGACAUUGCUCUGCUCCAACUUCAAGUCACACACAGUCCUUACUGUGCCAUGGAAACACAAUUUGUCCAAACUAUAUGUCUACCCGAUCAGAACUUCCCUGCCGGAAAGGAAUGCGUGAUCUCGGGAUGGGGAGAAACCGAAAGGAGCUGGAAAAGCAACCACCUGCUGGACGCCCAUGUCUUCCUCAUCUCCAAGCAGAAAUGCAAAGAGCCUCAUGUGUUUGGAAACUUACUGGACGACAGCAUGCUGUGUGCAGGCCUCAUGGAAGGGGGAGUGGACAGCUGUGCGGGGGACUCUGGCGGCCCUCUGGCGUGCAAGGACAACGGGAAAAACCUCCUGACUGGAAUAGUGAGUUGGGGAAAGGGCUGCGCACAGACCAAUAAGCCCGGCGUCUACGUCGAUGUCUACAAGUUUGUCGACUGGAUUCGAGGCACGAUCACCGGAACCUUGGCGAGGCGAACCGUGAUACAAUAAGCAUCCAACUUUAUUUUACCCCAAUGAAUAAUUAGCAAUAUUUAGCUAUAAACGCUGUAAAGCCUGAACCAUUAAACAAUUGAGAGAAAAUUGUAAUUAUUUGUAAAUGGGGCCUUUAUUGGUCCUGAACAACAACAACAAAAAAUCUGUUACCUUAUACAAAUAUAAAUACCUUGACUUACGAGCCAAGUUUUUGUUUUUCUGUAUUGAAAACAUAACAUAAAAAUUGUGGUGGUUGUUUGGCGGCUGGAACAGAUUAAUGGCAUUUCAAAUCAUUUCAAUAAGGAAAAUUACGUGAUAUAUUGUCAGUGUAUGUAAAUUGAGUUACGAGCUUGGUCAGAAAAUUAAACAUUGAAGUCAAGGUACCACUGUAGGAGCUUCAAUUUGUUACAUAUAUAAAUUGAUAAAUUGCUGACGUCUGACGUGUGUGAUGGGCCAAAACAAGCAGUUUUUGCUUUUGCCCAAUCCAUUUUGGUUGUUGAAAGGGACCCUUGUAUUGCGUUGUAUUGUUUGAUAACGCUGUGCAACAACCAAAUAAAAUGAUUAAUCAUUCAUACAUGUGUUUGAAUGAAUAGUGUGUCAUAUUUUAACAGUUCUUCAUGUGGUGAAUAAAUUACUGCCCCUCACUGGA